CCCCUCCCACCCCCCAUCCUCCAAUCCCUCUCCCUCCCAAAGAACACAAAAGCAACCCUCUCAACAGCCAACCUCGGCUCCGGCUUCACCAGCACAGGGACAAUCCGCGCGCUCAUCCCAUCCCCAAGCAAUCCCGACCAAGAAGAAGAACGCCGCUACUUCGUCAAAACCUCCUCCAACGGCACCGCAGCCCAGGAAAUGUUCCGCGGGGAAUACGAGUCCCUGAACGCCAUUGCCAACGCUGUGCCGGGGUUCUGUCCGCGGGGGAUUGCGUGGGGUGCGCUUGAUGAGGGCGGGAAGACAUUUUUCCUAGUGACGGAGUUUCUUGAGCUCGGUGGUGGAAGAGCAGGGAAAGGAAAAGGGGAGAGGUCCCUCGCGCACAGGCUGGGAAAGCUCCAUUCUACACCUGCUAGCCCCGAUCCAAGCACCGGACGCCGUCGAUUUGGGUUUCCCGUGCCUACGUUCUGUGGGGAUACAAGGCAGGGGAAUACCUUCCACGACUCAUGGGCUGAGUUCUACGCCGAGGAGCGCCUGAUGAGUGUGUUGGGUAUUUCUGAGGAACGCAAUGGGAGGGGAGAUAAGGAGUUAAGGGGUAUGGUUGAGCGGACUGCUAGGGUGGUAGUGCCUGCUUUGUUGGGGGAUGGGCAUUUAGGUGGUGAAGCCGGGGUGGAACCUGUUGUUGUGCAUGGGGAUUUGUGGAGUGGGAAUGCGGACUGGGGGGUUAUUGUUGGUGGAAGUGGAUCUGGGGAUGCGGAUGGGGAUGCUGGUGGAGGGGGAGAUGUGGUGUAUGAUCCGUCGGCUUGCUACGCGCAUAGUGAGUUCGAGUUGGGGAUUAUGAGGAUGUUUGGCGGGUUUGGGAGUGGGUUCUUUGAGGAGUAUCAUCGGGUGGUGCCGAGGACGGAGCCCGUGGGGGAGUAUGAGGAUCGGGUGAGGCUAUAUGAGUUGUACCACCAUCUCAAUCACCAUGCUAUCUUUGGGGCUGGGUAUCGAUCUGGAGCUAUGGCGAUUAUGCAGAAGCUCAUUAAGAAGUAUGGGUCGGGUUGA